UGGUGGUAGUUGUAGCAGUUGUCUGCACCAGCAGUAGCAGCGGCAGCAGUAGUGGUGGUAGUGGCAGCAGCAGUAGUGCUGGUUCCGUUGGAGGUGCCGGUGGUGGUGGUGGAAAGGUGACGGCGGGGUGAAAGAUGGCGCGGGCCACGGACGAGGAGUGUUGACCCAUUUCGUAAAUCGAGCAUCGAUGGUGGUGUGAACAGUGGGGUGUCAAUUAAGUGCGAGGAAAAAACGAAAGACAGAUUAAGUAAUAGAAAAAGUAAAGAGAGACGCGAAUCGAAGGACAAAACAAAUAAACAAAUUUAGAAAAAAGAAAACAUACAAAUAAAUUUAAGUAGAUUACACCGUGGAUAAAAAAAAAGUCUGGAUAAGGGAUAAGAAUCGAGUCAGAAUAUUAUCGUCAGAGGCGAAGGAAGGGCCUGGGCCGGUAGAGUGAGAGAGAGAGACAGAGAAAGAGAGACAUUGAUCCGGGAGGUGUUCCUACUCGGUUAAGUUGCGAUAGCGCGAGUAUUCGGGAGCCCAGCGUUGAUACAUCAAGCCUCAGUUGUUUGGCUUGAUAAAUUAACCGCUUUCCGGAUUCAUAAAAGCUUGCAAAAUUUUGAAAAAAUUCGACAUACGUGGAGCCCUGGCUGGCUCAGGCGGCUCUUCGAAGAUGGGUAACAACGCCGCAACGGCAAACAAGAAGGUGGACGCCGCCGAGAGCGUCAAGGAGUUCCUCGAUCAGGCGAAGGAGGACUUCGAGGAGAAAUGGAAGAAGAAUCCAACGAACACGGCCGGGCUCGAUGAUUUCGAACGGAUCAAAACACUCGGGACCGGGUCGUUCGGACGGGUAAUGAUCGUACAGCAUAAACCCACCAAGGAGUACUACGCGAUGAAGAUACUGGACAAGCAGAAGGUCGUGAAGCUGAAGCAGGUCGAGCACACCCUGAACGAGAAACGGAUUCUGCAGGCCAUCAGCUUCCCGUUCCUGGUCUCGUUGCGCUUCCACUUCAAGGACAACUUGAACCUUUACAUGGUACUGGAGUACGUACCCGGCGGCGAGAUGUUCAGUCACCUACGCAAGGUCGGCAGGUUCUCCGAACCCCAUUCGCGAUUUUACGCCGCCCAGAUCGUACUCGCCUUCGAAUACCUUCACUACCUGGACCUUAUAUACAGGGACCUUAAGCCCGAGAAUCUACUCAUCGAUUCCCAGGGUUACCUCAAGGUCACCGACUUUGGCUUCGCCAAGAGGGUCAAGGGCAGGACGUGGACCCUCUGCGGAACGCCGGAGUACCUGGCACCGGAGAUCAUACUCAGCAAGGGUUACAACAAGGCGGUAGACUGGUGGGCACUGGGUGUCCUGGUGUACGAAAUGGCCGCCGGUUAUCCCCCUUUCUUCGCCGACCAGCCGAUACAGAUAUACGAGAAGAUAGUGAGCGGCAAGGUCAGGUUCCCGUCGCACUUCGGUAGCGACCUUAAGGACCUUCUGAGGAACCUGCUUCAGGUCGACCUUACGAAACGGUACGGCAACCUGAAGGCGGGGGUGAACGACAUCAAGGGUCACAAGUGGUUCUCGAGCACCGAUUGGAUCGCUGUUUUUCAAAAGAGGAUCGAGGCACCGUUCAUACCGAGGUGCAAGGGACCCGGUGACACGAGCAAUUUCGACGACUACGAGGAGGAGGCGCUCAGGAUUUCCUCGACGGAGAAAUGCGCCAAGGAAUUCGCCGAGUUUUGAGGCGACGAAGCUAAUCUGAACCAAUUUACGAUCAUCCGGUCGUGGCUGUUACGUCGUCGCAACAUAUCGCGCGAUCGACAACAACUGGAUCGACGACAACAACAAUUACUACAAAAACAAAAACAACCACAACAAGAACAAUAUCAAGAUCAACACAAACAACAACGACAACAACAACAACAACAACAACACCAACAACAACAACAACAACAACAACAAGAACAACAACAACAAGAACAAGAACAGCAACAACGGAUCGCGUUGUCGCGUUCGGUAUACAAUCGAACAGUCGUCGCCGACGGUCACGACGAUGAUGACGACGAUGAUGACUUUUCUGGACGCAACGUGAAACGCGUCCUUCAGCUACGGCUACACGGCUACGGGGGUUCAAAUUGAGGAUGACGGGAGAAAGGAAAAAAUUAAUAAAAAUGAAUAACAAAAAAAAAAAAAAAAAAAAAAAAAAACCUGGGACCGGUGCCAAGUUUCGAACGCCGUACCAUGUCCUAAUACCGAUGCAGGAUUAUAUCAUAUACGCGCGUAUAAUCCGUAUACCCCGUGUCUGCAAUAUACGUGUUCCGUGUGACGCGUCGUCUCGUUCGGUAUCACGUGUAAUCCUUAUAAUUUGUCCUCGAUUGAGAGAAGAAGAAGAAUCAAAAGAAGAAGAAGAAGAAGAAGAAGAAGUGGGAGAAAAAGUUGAAGAAGACAGAGAAGAAGGAGAAGAAAAAGACGAAGAAUAGUGAAGAGUACUGAAAAAAUAGGAGAAAGAAAAAGAAAGGGAGAAGAAACAGAAAAAAAAUAAAUAAAUAAAAAAACGUUCAGCAACGUCGCGGGAUGAACGAUCCAAGAUAUAAUUUUUGUGUGCGUCCGUGUGAACGUGUGUAGAAAUGCAGUUAUAUAGAGAGAAACACAGGAUUCUAUUUUCUGUUUUAGGGUGUGUUAUAGAAAGAGAGAGAGAGAGUGUGUGUGUGUGUGUGUGUGUGUGUGUGUGUGUGUGGAUGAACGAAUUGGAGAUACAUAAUCUCAACAAACAUGAUGAUCUGUCUGUCCUUCCGUUAUAUAGUGUAAAUUAAGAAAAAUGUUUUAAGAGAGUUUCGAAAGGGGAAAGAGAAAGAGAAAGAGAAAGAGAGAGAGAGAUAAAAAAGGGAUAAUCGAAACACGCGUACCUAUAAUUUUAAAGUCAGUCUAAUAUGUUGUCACGUGUAAGUCGAAGAGAAUGUUCGCGGGGAUCGGUAGAGAUUACGGAGGAGGUAAUGAGAAAUGAUAGGAUAGAUCGUGUCGAACUGUCUCGAUUCAUCUAGCCUAUAAACGGUAUUGCUACGCGGCACUCUGCUAAUACGAGUAAACAUCCUUAUAUGAGUUUUUACGGUCAUUUCUAUAUUAUUAUACUCUCUCAGCGGCGUUGUCGCUGCGGGCGAGGAAUGAUAAUAAUCAUCUUCAUCUUCAUCACCAUCACCAUCAUCAUCAUCAUCAUAAUCAUUGUCGUAGUCGUAGUCGUAGUCGUCAUUCUUCUCCUCUUCCUUCAUCCUCUCUCUCUCUCUCUCUCCUCGUGUGUUUGUCGUCAACUUUUAUUAUCACACCGCAGGGAGAUCUUUAUCCGAUGUAAACGCGUCGACGACGGCGUUGAAACACCCUCAAUUCUUAUUAUGUAUUUUUAGCGUUGAACGUCUUUUUUUUUUUUGUCGUUUCGUUUUGUUCAAUUGCAUCUUUUUAUUAUUAUUGUAAUAAUUUUUAUAUACGUAUGUACAUAUUUUUUUACGCACGUGAAAACAAAAACAAUGAUUGUCCGAAUGUGAAUUGCGAAUUCCAAACGACUUGCUCUGCGUCGGUGAUUAUCAUUAUUAUUAUUAUCCUUGUCUACGGGAGGGGGGGAUCGCAUUGACCGAAAAGUUGGCUAACUAUACUCGUGACACAGUUAUAUUUAUAUCGAAAUUAUACCACUGUGAUCAUGAAUUCGUAUCUCGUUUGAAUCUGUGUUUUGCAAAUAUUUCAUGGAGUGAUGGAAAAGUGUGGAUAAAGUAUACUUUGCAGUGACAAUAAUUCUGAUUAUCUUAAAAACUUGUAGGGAUUCGUUGAGCCGAUGGUUGAAUCAAUAUUCGUUGUCGGAUCGAAAUCGCACAUCAAGUCGGAGGAUGAGAAACUAACGUUGAUGAAAAAAAAGAGUACGAUAUUGAAUUUUGAACGCGAAUCGUCGAGGUUUCGUUGUCAUAUCGCUCUUCUCGUAUUCAUCGUUAUUCGUCGAUCGUUACAAGUGUGUUGAUCGCUCAGUGAAAUGUUAAGUGAAUUUACCGUUACUCGUUCCUCGGGACAUGUAAGUCAGCGGAGCUGCUCUUAUGGUUUUCAAAACGUAUCGUACGUAGUCUAACAUUAACGUUGCAUUUUUGAAUCAGUACAAUGCGCGCAAAUUUCAGGACAUCUCGAACAUGAUCAUAAUUUGACUUAUUUUUGAAAUAAGUUUGUUACGUUGUUGCAACGGUGCAUCUUAUAGAAAAAAAAUGUCGUUUUCCUAACGGUGGGAAAUAGUAAUUUUUUUUUUGUUUUUAGUUUCAACUUCUCGAUACGUUAACGUUUACUAACUUCAGCCUCGUUUUUUCUACCAUCUAGUAAACACCAAGCAGCUUCCUUGAAAGUGCGAACUUUACAAACUGACGCAUCAACGCAAUCCCCGUACUUUUAACACGAACGUCCUCCGAAACGCUGACGCGGUUUUCUAUUUUUUUUUUUUUUUCUCGCGUUAAUGUAAAUUCGCGAACAGCGAAUGAAGCGAGGUUCGUCACUUGUGCAGAGUACGUUGGAUUCGAACUAGUUCGUUCUACGUAUGCAAAAUGUUUAUGAAUAUUCAAACGGCGUUAUUAUAACCAGUCGUCUCGGAGAUCUCGGGCUCUCGUGUUUCUAGCCCAGGGGGACAUUAAUAGUAAAAGCGGUUUUCGUACGCGGCGGUGGCGUUAUAUUGCAGAAGAGCGCGUAACGUCGUCGGCGUCGCUCUUACGUACGCAUCCCAGGGACCUUUGAAAUUUCCAUUGGAAUAUUCCGCAAUGACCCGGUUCUUUCUCUCCGCCUGCCAAAUCAACGACACCUGCCGACGUGUCGUGUAGUGAUAAUCUACCGCUAACCCCCCCCUCCCUUCACCACAAAUUUUUGCAUUGUUUUACAACGUUGUGUUUCUUCAUUCGUCUUGUUAUGAAAAUUAUUUAUGAUAGUUUGUAAAUUUUAUUGUGAAAUUGGAGCGAGUUUUCUGCGGCGUAAAAUUUUUAGACAAAAAGUAAUAAGCAAAUAAAUAGAAAAGAAAAAAAAAAGAAAGAAACAAACAAACAAAAACGUGGAACGAAGUUGGAAUGUUUACCCUUAAUUGUGUCACGGCGUCGUCGUCGUCGUCUUUGACUUGUGUUUUUUUGUUUUUUUUUUUUCUUUUUUUAAAUAAUUUAUCGCGGUGUCCAGGGUGACGGGACUUUGUCGCGAAUUUCGAUAAUGAAAUUAUUAGAUAACGCGAAAUGGAAGAAUUGUAAUAGAAUAGAAAUUUUUUCGCCGUUUGUCAACGUCGACAAAUUUCGCUUCACGUGUAACGUGUAUUUUAUUAUUAAACGCUACGUGCACGAUGUGGUUUAUUAUUAUUAUAGUACCUACUUUUAUCUUCGAUGUAUCUCUGCGACAAACAAGUAGAAGAAUGAGAGAGAGAGAGGGAGAGAGAGAGAGGGAGAGAGAGAGAGGGAGAGAGAGAGAGAGAGAGAGAGAGAGAUGAAGAUAGAGAAAAAGA